ACGUAGCCGGAAGUCAGCAGCGGCCGAGUCUUUCUAGAAGUGUGUAGCAGUCACUCGCUCGGCAGCUUUCAUCUGCGUAAGUGUUGGCUACACGCAGUCCGUCGCCGCGCUGAACGCAACUACACGCCUUUGAAAAAGAGCAGCAGCCUUCGUUUGUCGUAUGUAUUUUUGAUUUGAAAACAUCCCGGGUGAGUUUGGUGUAGCCACGAACUUAGCCGAGUCAUACCCGAAGGAGCUAACUCAGUGUGUGUGAGGCUCUCGCUGGCAUCAUGUCCAGGAUCGACUACAGUGUGUGGGACCACAUUGAGGUGUCGGACGACGAGGAUGACACCCACCCAAACAUCGACACACCCAGCCUCUUCAGAUGGAGACACCAGGCGCGGGUGGAGCGGAUGGAGGAAUUCGAGAAGAAAACCGAAGACUUGAACAAGGCGCUCGCCGACAGUCGGCGCAAGCUGUCGGAGGCACAGAAGAAAGUGCAGGACCUGAACAUUUCCGCCACGGACGACGCCAAAGCGGAGCUGAGCAAAGCGCUGGCCGAGGAGAAGAAGCUGAAGAAGGAGGAACGCGAGUGGGAGAAGAAGAGGGACGAACACAACCGGGAGGAGAAGAAGAUGCCAUGGAACGUGGACACGCUCAGCAAGGAGGGUUUCAGCAAGAGCGUCGUCAAUGUCAAACCCGACUCCAACGAGGAGACCGAAGAAGAGAAAGAGCAGAAGCACAAAACCUUUGUGGAGAAAAAUGAAAAGCAGAUCAAACAUUUUGGCAUGAUGCGACGUUGGGAUGACAGCCAGAAGUAUCUCUCCGACAACCCUCAUCUAGUAUGUGAAGAGACGGCCAACUACCUGGUCAUCAUGUGCAUUGACCUUGAAGUCGAGGAGAAACAUGCAUUGAUGGAGCAAGUGGCUCAUCAGACCAUCGUCAUGCAGUUCAUUCUCGAGUUGGCGAAAAGCCUCAAGGUGGAUCCCCGCGGGUGCUUUCGUCAAUUUUUCGCCAAGAUCAAGACGGCUGAUCAGCAGUACCAGGAGGCUUUCAACGAUGAGCUGGAGUCUUUUAAGGAGCGAGUUCGCGGCAGGGCUAAGAUCCGCAUAGAGAAGGCCAUGAAGGAGUACGAGGAAGAGGAGCGACAGAAGCGCAUUGGACCAGGAGGGUUAGAUCCUGUUGAAGUGUAUGAGUCCCUGCCAGAAGAGAUGCAGAAAUGCUUUGACGGCAAGGACAUCCAGUUGUUACAAGAAGUUAUCAGCAAAAUGGAUCCAACCGAGGCGAAGGCUCACAUGAAGAGGUGCAUAGACUCUGGGCUCUGGGUCCCCAAUUCCAAGACAGACGGGGAUGGGGAUGAAAAGGAGGAAGAUGCCACCUAUGAGGAGGUGAAACAGGAGCAGGAAGAAGCUAAGAAGGAAUGACCAAUGUUCAUCCCAUGAUUUUGCUGCUUGUGUUAAUGUUCUUACCCACUGUAUUGCAACUCCACUAUGUGUAUGACUAGUUUGCCAAUUGAGGAACCAUUGACGAAAUUGACUUCUCAAAAAAUGUUUAGCUCAGUUUUAAGGGAUUAGCGUUCAAUAAACUGCACAAAUACUUGCAUCAGUAACUCCUGCUUGGAAAAUAAACUGCUGCUUGUUGUUUAGGUCUUUUUAUUUGUUUGGACAUCACUAAAGUUAUAUUCCUGCAUUAUUCCUGCAUUUAUCUGUAAAUGCCUGUUGAUUUUAUGUGGGUGCAUAUGUGCACACAUGCCUAUCUGCUUCAAUGGUGUUGGUGUAUGGUUGGAAAAAACAUUAUUUGCAUUUUCAGGGGCCUGUACUACAAAGCAGGAUUUGUGGUUAGUGAGGUGACUUCAAGGCUUAAAUGUUUUAGUUAUUUUAUCACUUACAGAAUAUGAGAACUAAAAUCUUAACCAUCUGAUAUCUUUCAGUAGAAAAACUAUCCACAAAAGUUCACCCAGCGUUGCCUGAACCAGUAAAUAACUAACCUGGUAAGUUGAUCCAGGUCCCAAUGUGAAGCCAGAUGACCAAAGAUAUCCUGGACUUGCUUUUUAGUACAGGCCCCAGGUUGUGCAUAUCAUUUCUUUUCCCUUUUUUUUUCUCUGUCAUUUCCAAAUUUGAUUUUUUUGUUUGACUUUCGGGCUAGUGCGAUGGUCAUUUGCCUAAUUGUAACAUUUUCUACAACUUGCAUAACUAAAUGUUGAUUUGUAUCCAGCUAUUCAA